AUGGCAGCAGCUCCUUCCCGUGCGCUCCUGAUCUCAGCCAACGUGGGCACCCUCUUCGAGGAGUAUCAGGCACUGGCUGAGACAUGGCUCUCCGCCAUCGCAAAGGUGAGCCAAAAACGAUCCAAUCUCGCCCAUACGCCCGAUCCCAACGCUCAUAUGCGUCCCUUUGGUGCAUGCCAGGCCAUUGAGGCAGCCAAUCCAGGUUUUGUGGCCCUCCAUAUGCAGGAGCUGGGUGGGAAAGCAUACCAAGAUGGAAUUGCCAACGUUGAUAACUUUGCCCAGGUCUUGCUCGAACACUUGCCGCCGGGCAUGUUUGACCGAAGCCUUGCCAUUCUGGACGAUAGCGGCCAGUCUCCCUCCUUCACGCCAUGGACACGAAAGGGCUUUUCCAUCACGCGCUGGCGCUUGAAUGAGCAACCCACGGCCUUCAUCAACAGCCACCUUUUUCAUGAUGCAAGCAAUAUGACAGCCCUCAAGACUUCGCCGUCGCAGUAUGCUUUGUGUCGUCAGCAGGCGCUGCAAUACACCGUCGAUGCGAUCACACAACCAGAUGAAGACACCUUCCUGUUUGGUGAUCUUAAUUUUCGACUUGCCCUCAAGGACGCCCUGCCGGUCUUGGCACAACGGUUGAAGUGCGUCGAGAAGAAGGUGGAUGUCGCUGACGGUGGCGAGAAAUCAGUCGUGCUGCGCGAUGCCAAUGGCGACGAUUGCCUCUGUGUGACUGCCAAGUCCUUCCUUCUCAAAGACAAAGAGCGCAUUUUUUAUGAAGAGAGAGGCGAGUCCAUGCGCCCAUUUGAUGUUGAGGGCACCAUGCUGCCCUCGGGCUACACAGAAUGCCCCAUCACAUUCCCUCCAACCUACCCAUACCAAGAGGACUUGGCCCGACCCUGUGAGUUCCUGGAGAAGCGCUGUCCCGCUUGGUGUGAUCGAAUCAUCAUGUCCAGUGAAGCAGAGACCCGGGCCAUUUCGGCCUCCUAUGGCGUAAUAGGCCUGGAUGUAUGCAUGGGGGAUCACAAGCCCGUUAUGCUUACCAUUCAGCUAUAAAGCAGGACCCUCAAGUCUGAUUUCAAUUACCUUUCGAGUCUAUCCAACGGCCGUCAACGCGUCUGUGAUUGGUUUGAGCGGCGUCAUUUCAGUUUCCAUGCUGCUGUAAGCAGUCUUUGCUAUGAUCAAGUCGUGCUCAGAACUAGAAAGCUUGGCGACUAGAGCCAUGCAUGUUGUUUCCAAAGUGAGCUCAAACUUGGGCCAUGAGUCGGCCCGCCAGUGGCCCAGAAUUGAAAACAAUGUC